CACCCGGGAGGAGUGGGAGCUCUUAUCCCAGCCAGAGAAGCAGCUGUACCGGGAUCAGAUGCUGAGGAAUUACCGGGGCCUCGUUUCCCUGGGCUAUUCAGGUUCUACACCAGACUUAAUCCACCGGAUCGAGGUAGGGGAGGCAGAGCUCUGGAUCCGGGAUGCUGAAGACUCCAGGGAAAGCUCCGGGCCUGAGAGCUCCUCCCCAGCAGGGCACGGGAUCCCGGGAGAAACGAGGGGACAGUCUGAAUGUGGGGAGAACAGUGCCAGUACACUGACUAAGCAUCAGCGCACGCAUAGCAGGGAACAGCUCUACCACUGUGCUGACUGCGGCAAGGGCUUUUCACAGAUUGCACACCUGAAAAUACACCAGCGCACGCACACAGGGGAGUGGCCGUACAGCUGUGCUGACUGUGGCAAGGGCUUUUCAUGGAUUUCAUGCCUGAAAAUACACCAGCGCAUGCACACAGGGGAGCGGCCAUACAGCUGUGCUGACUGCGGCAAGGGCUUUUCACAGCUUUCAUGCCUGAGAAGACACCAGCGCACGCACACAGGGGAGCGGCCAUACAGCUGUGCUGACUGUGGCAAGGGCUUUUCACUGAUUUCAUGCCUGAGAAGACACCAGCGCACACACACUGGGGAGCGGCCAUACAGCUGUGCUGACUGCGGCAAGGGCUUUUCACAGAUUGCACACCUGAAAAUACACCAGCGCAUGCACACAGGGGAGCAGCCAUACAGCUGUGCUGACUGUGGCAAGGGCUUUUCACGGAUUGCACACCUGAAAAUACACCAGCGCAUGCACACAGGGGAGCGGCCAUACAGCUGUGCUGACUGCGGCAGGGGCUUUUCACAGAUUUCAUGCCUGAGAAGACACCAGCGCACGCACACAGGGGAGCGGCCAUACAGCUGUGCUGACUGUGGCAAGGGCUUUUCACAGAUUUCAUGCCUGAAAAUACACCAGCGCACGCACACAGGGGAGCGGCCAUACAGCUGUGCUGACUGUGGCAAGGGCUUUUCACAGAUUUCAUGCCUGAGAAGACACCAGCGCGUACACACAGGGGAGCGGCCAUACACCUGUGCUGAUUGUGGCAAGAGCUUUUCACAGAUUGCACAACUGAAAAUACACCAGCGCAUGCACACAGGGGAGCGGCCAUACAGCUGUGCUGACUGCGGCAAGAGCUUUUCACAGAUUUCAUACCUGAAAAUACACCAGCGCACGCACACAGGGGAGCGGCCAUACACCUGUGCUGACUGUGGUAAGGGCUUUUCACAGAUUUCAUGCCUGAGAAGACACCAGCGCAUGCACACAGGAGAGGGGCCAUACAGCUGUGCUGAUUGUGGCAAGGGUUUUUCCCGGAUUUCAUGCCUGAAAAUACACCAGCGCACGCACACAGGGGAGCGGCCAUACACCUGUGCUGACUGCGGCAAGGGCUUUUCACAGAUUGCACACCUGAAAAUACACCAGCGCACGCACACAGGGGAGUGGCCAUACACCUGUGCUGACUGCGGCAAGGGCUUUUCACAGAUUUCAGCCCUGAAAAUACACCAGCGCGUACACACUGGGGAGCGGCCAUACAGCUGUGCUGAUUGUGGCAAGGGCUUUUCACGGAUUUCAAACCUGAAAAUACACCAGCGCACGCACACAGGGGAGCGGCCAUACACCUGUGCUGACUGCGGCAAGAGCUUUUCACGGAUUUCAGCCCUGAGAAGACACCAGCACGUACACACUGGGGAGCGGCCAUACAGCUGUGCUGAUUGUGCCAAGGCCUUUUCACGGAUUUCAGGCCUGAGAAGACACCAGCACACGCACACUGGGGAGCGGCCAUACACCUGUGCUGAUUGCGGCAAGAGCUUUUCACAGAUUGCCUACCUGAAAAUACACCAGCGCACACACACAAGGGAGCGGCCAUACACCUGUGCUAACUGCGGCAAGGGCUUUUCACAGAUUUCAGCCCUGAGAAAACACCAGCGCGUACACACUGGGGAGCGGCCAUACAGCUGUGCUGAUUGCAGCAAGAGCUUUUCACAGAUUGCCUACCUGAAAAUACACCAGCGCACGCACACAGGGGAGCGGCCAUACACCUGUGCUGACUGCGGCAAGGGCUUUUCACAGAUUUCAAUCCUGAGAAGACACCAGCGCACGCACACCGGGGAGUAGCCAUACAGCUGUGCUGACUGUGACAAGGGCUUUUCACAGAUUUCAUGCCUGAAAAUACACUAGCGCACGCACACAGGGGAGUGACCAUACAGCUGUGCUGAUUGUGGCAAGGGCUUUUUAAAGCUUUCAGACCUGAAAAUACACCAGCGCACGCACACAGGGGAGCGGCCAUACACCUGUGCUGACUGCGGCAGGGGCUUUUCACAGAUUUCAGCCCUGAGAAGACACCAGCGCGUACACACUGGGGAGCGGCCAUACAGCUGUGCUGAUUGUGCCAAGGUCUUUUCACGGAUUUCAGACCUGAAAAUACAGGCACAAAAAGAUCUGCAUCUUAGCAAACAACAGCAUGAAACCCCUUCUGGCCAAAGUUCAUGUCUCCCCACUCAGCUGAGGAGAGGUUUAUCUCGGAGUCACUCUGAGAAAAAUCCAUUUCAAAGGUGAUUGAACUAUAAAAGAAAGGGCCCAAAACACCCCUUGUUAUCUCUCCCUGUCCAGCUCUCGUUUUCACCUGAGAGGACAAAAAAAAAGAAAGAAAAGAAAACAAAAACAGCUCUUGGACCCCAGGAACUGAUCCGGAGCUGAAAACGUGGUCAGCAAUGCCACUGCAAACCUGUGUUAAGGGACUUCACUUUGAACCACGUCUAGUUUGUUCAGUUUAGUACUAGGAAGUGGUUUUAUAUUUCUUUUUCUUGUCACCAUUUCUCACUUUGAUGUCUCAUCUCUUGUACUCACUUGAAAUCUACCCUUGUGGUUAAAUAAAAUUGGUUUCUUCCUUAA